GAUUUGCCAAACAAUCAGAAUGACCCGCCGAGCUCCGUUUACUGCGCUUAUUCGAAAUACGAUGCGUUGUGUACCGUCGCGUUUCCGUUGACACGCCCCGAAGGUCUAUCGUUCCCCGAUUCAAUUUCCUUCUCGUACAAUCGCCAGGAUGUCGCAGGCGCCGAAACAGCAACAGAAUGUCGAGCAUAAAGAGAAGAAGAGGAAAGAGAGUAUUCUCGACUUGUCCAAGUAUCUCGAGAAGAAUAUACGAGUGAAAUUCGCCGGCGGCAGAGAAGCCGAAGGUAUACUUAAAGGUUAUGAUCCCCUACUCAACCUGGUACUCGACAACACAAAGGAAUAUCUUAGAGAUCCAGACGACCCAUACAAAUUGAAUCAGGACACUCGUAUGCUGGGCUUGGUGGUGUGCAGAGGAACAUCCGUAGUACUCAUUUGUCCUGUAGAUGGUAUGGAAUCCAUUCAGAAUCCGUUUAUACAACAAGAAGGAUAGGCAGGAAGGACCUUUACAAAUCAAUAUGUGUUACACCUUAGAAAGGGAACCAGCUUAAGCUCUUGAAUAUCAUUUUCACUUUUUUUAAUAAAAAUAUAAUUUAUUUUUUGCAUUAUAAAUCGUGAGGAAGCUUACAUAUACAGAAAAUAAAUGCCAUUUUCUUAUAAA